AUGUGCCAUGCUCCCGCAGUAGCCUCCUAUUUUGGCACAAUCAGUUACCUCGUUCCCAUUACGAGUGUCCUCGCAAUGUCCGUCUUGCCGAGAGGCAAGUUCCUUAUGAACCUUAUUCUUAACCUCUUGGCUGUAUGUUUUGGUACAGCCUUGUCCAUGCUCGCCCUCUGGUCCGCUGUGCAAGCCCGUCAUCACACAACACCUGAUGGGAUCCCUCCAGGACUUGCGCCGAAAUACAACGCGAGCCAGUCAGCCGUUUGCGCCAUAUGGCUGUUUGCUAGCAUCUGGUUCGGAAACGUAGUUCGCGCGAAGUUGCCGGCCUUCAACCUCCCCAUCAUUACCUACAGCAUUCUAGUCAACAUUGCUGUAACCUUUGGAUCUUCUCUGUCAACGACGGCUGCCGUUGAAAUGUUUGUAACACAACUAUUUACAAGCAUGCUCACGGCCCUCGCUAUUGCCCUCGGCGUCAAUCUUCUUGUCUUCCCGGUUAGCAGCCGCUUGGUCGUUGUUAAAGAGUUCGCUGCCGGCUUCGGGCUGCUCAAGAAACUGGUCUCGCAGCAAAAAGCGUACCUGGCAAGUCCAGAAUCGACUGCUAGAUAUUCAACUCUCACACGUCCCGAAACCCUGUUUGGGAAGGUUGAAGAUGACGGAACACCAGAAGACCAACAACCAAAGGUCGUCAGAGAAAACAAGGCGGAAGAUGCACUUCAAGAAACCGGCACGAAGAUAAGAGAACUUGUUGGAAAGCUGCACGUUGACGUUCCUUUUGCAAAGCGUGAAAUCGCUUGGGGAAGACUGGAUGCUAAAGAUUUGGCGGAGAUAUUCAAACUGUUUCGCAACCUCUAUAUCCCAAUUCUCGGGAUGAACACCAUUAUUGACAUAUUCAGACGGUUUUCGGAGCGUCCGGACUGGACUAUCGAUGGCGAUGCUCCCGCCGAGAUCAUUGCCGAAAAGUUGAAGGAACAGCAUGUAUGGGACGAGGUCAUGAAGCAAGUUCAAGAGCCCUUCGAAAUUCUGUCGGAAGCCAUCGACAAAGGCCUUGAACAUGCCGGUAUCUGUUUGGGUAUCCUUCCCAGGCUGAAGAGACAACCGGUCCGCAGGUUCAGCCAGCCAAAUCAAAACCCCUUUGAAACUGAUCUUGAGGGUGCAGAAGAACUUCAGCCGGGCGACUUGCAUUUUGCCAGGGUUAUCGACGAGAAGAUUUACGCUUUUCGUUCAAGGAAGGGAGAGCUUCUGCGCACCUGGGUUCGACAGAGAGGUGUUAACCUAGAUGACGACGGUGGAGGCCCUUCAUCCUUCCGAAGCGAACGGGACCAGGUCCAGUUCUACAUCAUUCUCUAUUUGGAAAACUUGAUGCACGCAUCGGGCGAAGCCGUUCAGGACCUUGUCGACUUUGCUGAUGAAAAGAUUGCUGAUGGAACGAUGUCUAAAAAACGAUUAAUUGUCCCUUCAACCCGUCGUCUGAGGAAAUGGCUCCGAGGCAUUUUCAACAACGAAGACUCUUCGGGCGAAGAAUCUCCCGACAUUAUGGAGAGUAGCAGAAAUGUUGUUUAUUUUGGCGAUGCCUACAAAAGGAGGAAGGAUCCUGAGCACCUCCUUCCUGAGACAGCCUGGCAGCACUUUGGUAACCAUCUGAGAAAGAUCUCCAAGUUUCUUGGCUCUGAAGAAUCUUCAUUUGGCUUCCGAGUUGCUUGCGCUACUAUGUCGGUUGGCAUUUUAGCUUUCCUGGAACACACACAGCACUUUUUUUUCGAGCAGAGGUUGGUAUGGGCUAUGAUUGCUAUUGCCAUUGGAAUGUCCAUGACAACUCUCUAUCUCCUGGCCAACUACUUCGGCGUCAUCCAUUCAACCCUCAAGUCCAACGUCCAGGGCACCAUAGGAGACAUCAAUGUGCAUGGCACGCCAGCUCAUCAUCUGUACAAGGUCACUCGCAAAAUCUUUGGCAAGCUCAUGAUGCUGAUUCCUUCCAUGUCACAACACUCCGAAUACCAGAAAUGGGAACCCACAAUUGGCGGAAAAUUCCCGCGCGACGCUUACAACGACAUAAUAAAACGCAGUAACCGCAUCUUGUCUUAUCUUAUCUUAACUAGCUACACCUUGAUGCAUCCGACGCGACUGCGUGUCCGAGACAGACUCAUGGAUGACUUUUCUGGUGCUGAACGUCAGGGCCGCUUCCCGGGAGGUUUCCGGAGUCGUCCCCAGACGCUUAGCUCACGUUGUCCUUCUGUUUCGAGUGCCAAUCAUGAGUGGCUCACUGCUCUUGCCGAGGUCCUCGAGAUUCUCAAGCCCACACAUCACACUAUCUUGUCGACACUUACUCUUCUCUCCAACUCACUACUUUCGGGACAAAGCCUUCCCCCUUUCCUGCCGCUACCUAAGCCAUACGAGAUGACACGUCAAUUAAUGAAAUUAAGCAAGUCAUCCGCGGAUGUGGCGCUCUACAAUCCCGAUGGCGUGCCAGUGAGGAUGGUCAGUUCACGAACCGGGAGAGAGGAUGAGUACCAUCUCGAUUUACAUAGGGAUGCGGCCUUGGCGAACAUCCUAGGCCCGCGAAAUAUCGAAAAACCGGGGUAUGCAGAGUUUGCGGUCCUCCAGGUAUGCACGACGCUAGUGUGCGAUGAUCUGGAGGGAUUGAUGGAGGAUGUGAGUAGAUUGGUUGGGGUUGUCGACUUCGACUUCCGCUUCGGUGUCAGCGAGUCAAGCUUAAACUUGGAGCAUUCUCUGCGCCGAGGGAAGAGGGAGUAA